CGAGGUUUAUUAGGAUGUGGAUGUUUAAAAGAUGAAAUAUUAAAGAAAAGAGAAGAAAUUAUAGAAUACCGACCUUCAAUAUCAAAGAAAAGAAUAUAUCAUUGUUGUAAAUGUAUUGAUAUAAUUUAUAUUGAUGAUGUAGUAGAAAAAGAAAAUAACAAAUUUUUAUGUAAAAGAUGUAAUAAAGAUUUUCUUGUAAAUUUACCUGAUAAUGAUCCAAGAAAAAAUGAAUAUUUACAAUCAUCAGAAUAUCAAAGAUAUAUGGUUAAAUGUAUUCUUUGUAGAAAGGAUCAUCAACAUCACCUUUUUGUAGAAGGAGCAGGGAAUUUUUGUUGCAAAGAACAUCAAAUUGCAUAUUUAGUAUCAAAAGAUAUUGAGAAUGAAAAUAAAUUUUUAUGGACUCAAAUAAUUCGUAGAACAGAUUCAACUAAAACUAGAAUGUCAGCAUAUGCUAUAAAUCAAACAGCAAUUUUAAGAAUUGUUUUA